AUGAGAGGGGUUGCUGCAAGGCGGCGUCUCGCGGGCCAGCAGGGCUGCACGCGUCCUUUUAGCAGCAGCAGCAGUAGCACUAAAGGCCGGCCGUGGGAGGUGUGGGGGAAGGCCUGCUCGCUAGUUUGCCUGGGGCUGCUGAGCGACCAGGCGGCUUCGUUUCAGCCUGUGGUCCAGGCAACACCACCGCAUCACCAGUCUUCUUGCAGGGAGGCGGUGCUGCGGAAUCAGCACGCGGCUUCGCCGAGUGGGGGUGACUGCGACGUGCCUCUCCUGCAGGGGAGCUUUGCGGGUCGCCCAGGCCGACAGGCGGCGGCCCCGCCGGUGGCUGAGGAGAGGGAUACGGACAGGUUCCUUGAUCUCGACAGGCCGGAGGAUAAGCCGAGCGUGUCGACGGUGGAGGACUUUCCGAGGAUCGUGGAAGCGCUGUCGUGCUACAAGAGGGUGCACGGGCACCUGAGGAUGAUCCCGGCGUUCAGGGUGCCGCCGAACGCGCCGUGGCCGGAGAGCCUUUGGGGGAUGGAUCUCGGGAGGAUGGUCCACAGGCUGCGGAACGAGCAGACUGUUUACGAUGCGCAAUAUCCCGAACGGGUGCAACUGCUGCGUACCAUGGGCUUCGAGUGGGAGCACACGGCGGUGCCAGACGAGUGGGAACUCAUUAUCUUGGGGAUCGGGGUGUUCUUCGGCAUCCACGGGCAUUCGCGAGUACCCAUGAGGUUCGUCGUGCCGGCUGAGGAGCCCUGGCCGAUGGAGAUCUGGGGACACAAGCUGGGCUCGCGUAUCGCGCAGAUGAGGAUGACGGGGCGCUGGCUGGGGCAAGACGAGAAGACGACCGAAGAGAGGCGGACCGUUCUUGAGCAGUACGGGUUCGAGUGGCGCCUUAGGGUGAAGGACGACGAGUACGAUGCUGAUGGCAACCCGGAGGAGUUCUCCAUUCUAUGCGAAGGGUUGGAGGUGUACCGGGAGCUGGGAGGGUCCGUGCCCAACAUGCCUCCGACGUGGGUGGUUCCGAACGCGGAGCCUUGGCCAAUCAGAACACGGGGAUUCCCGUUAGGGGCCCAAGUGCGGAUCAUUCGGUCUCGACAGAAAUACGCCAAGGACAGCCAGGAGAAGACGGACAUUUUGCUGGCCCUUGACGUGCCCAUCAACCCCAACGUCACCAACGAGAAGCUCGGGGGGCGGUGGGGGGGACCCACGGAGACUCGCUUCAACAAGCUGUGCAAGGCGCUGGAGACUUUCGUUGUGCUCUACGGUCACGCGCAAGUGCCGAACACCUUCGAGGUGCCGAGGGACCCGAGCUGGCCGGAGGAGACUUGGGACGUGAAGCUCGGGAGGAGCCUCGUCAACAUCGUCUCCAAGGGAACGUUCAUCAAGGGGUAUCCAGACCGGCAAGCCAGGCUUGAGGCGCUAGGAUUCGACACGGACCCGGGAGGGAUCAGGGGUUUCAAGGAGCUGGUGAAGAGCGGCAUGUCUGAGGCCGACGCCCUGGCGGAGAGCCAAGCCUCGUUAGACUUCGCCAGCGAACCAUCGGGGCUUGCGGCUACUGGGGGGGCUGGAUCAGAGAAAACUGCCGAAAUUGACUCCCAGAUGCUGCUGGGCAACGUGGUGGACUCUUUGAGAACAGAGGGUGCGGAGGGCGGCAGCGGGAGGGGGGCUGGUCUGUCGUCGUCCCCUCCCCAGCUUGACGGAGAGGAGGUAGAAGAAGGUGAAUUCCUGGGGCAGCAGCCCCCGCCACCGCGGGCGAUCGCGCAACCGAACUGGAUGGACACGACCGAAAGCAAGGAUGGCGAUGACGAUGACGAUGCGGAUGAGAAGAAGCCCGUGGUGCCCUCUUUCGACCCUAAGCGCAAGAAGGCCUUGAAGCAGCUCGGCUUCGACUGGGGGGACGACGAAUUGUAUCUAUACUUCCAGUGGCCGGAGGUCCUCAUCUCCUUUUACUCAGUAAUUAAAUUGAAGGGGCACCUGGACGUCUCGCCCCAGUACGUGAUCCCUCACGAAGACCCCUGGCCGCUUCCACUCCACGGAACCCCCGUGGGCCUGUACCUCAAUAUCAUCCGUGCCCAAAAGGACUUGCUGAUGGAUAAUUACCCCGAAAGGUUUGAGAUCCUCCGCAGCAUGGGCAUCAUGUGGAACGAGCCCCUCCUGGUUGACUGGAGGGAGGAAGAGGAACAUCUGGUCUACCCAUGGCGAGAGUGGGGGGUGGUCAAGAGGGGGCCGGAAGACGACGAUGAAUUGGAGAUCGCCAUAGACCCGGAGUUCGGGUUAGAUGGGUCCUCGGCGUUGAUGUAGUAGCGCCCCUAACCGUUAGGUUCGUUAUGUGUAUGUGCGACCUUUGGCGGAGAUGUGGGGUGGUCGGGAAGAAGGUCGUCGGAGAUGCUGUGGUUGCCUCGAGAAGGUUCUUUUUGGGAGAUGAGAUGAUGACGAGAAAAGAUGUCCCUCAGGUCGGGCGGGUGUUGCUCCAGU